CUUUGCUAAUGAAUGAGUAUCUUCUUGUACUACAUUCCCUGCUUCCCCUUUUUUGGGUUUUUACAAUCCAUCAAAAUUUUUUUUAUGCUUCAACGGUGGAAGAAGCCGCCAUCACUCGUUUACCGGGGAAGAUUGUGUACUUUUACACUACCCAUUUCAAUUAACAACUCAUGAUUGAAUUUGCCCUUGUUUAGGAUACGAUUAAGGACCCAACUUCAAAUCUUUGCUGAUUCGUCUGAAAUGGUACUGUCAGACGGUUCAAUCUGGUGAUAUGGGGAUUGCUCAUAAGUUGUUUGAUGAGAUGGCCGAGAGAAAUGUAGCAGUCGGUGUUUGAGGCUCGAUGAUUUCCAGUUGAUGAACUUCAAUGGCUGACCAGAACUCCAAUCCAACCAUUCCUUUCGACCGCAUAAAGCUCAACGUUGGCGGCAAGCUUUUAGAAACCACAGUCUCCACCCUCCAAUCCGGCGGUCUGGAUUCCCUCCUUGCCGCCCUCUCCAACCGUCCUUUGCAUCAUGAUUCUAACCCUAUCUUCAUCGACCGUGAUCCCGAAAUCUUCUCUGUUCUUCUUUCGCUCCUCCGCUCUAACCGCCUUCCUUCCGCCGCUCUCCGUCGCUUCUCUCUCCAGGAACUAACUGACGAGGCUCUUUAUUACGGCGUCGAGUCCCGCCUCCGCUCUGCCUCCUUGCCCUCACCACUCCGUGGCAUAGACGCCGCUUUAGUCGAUACCAUCCGCCCGGCCGCUGAGGCUGUUCCUUCCACCUUCUCCGCCGCCGAAGACGGUUCUCUUUGGAUCGCUCACGGUGGUCAAAUUUCACUCUAUGAUUCCUACUUAUCAUACUCCACCGCCGUGCGUACGCAUCUCGAUGACAUCACCUUGAUUUGCAGGGUCUGGCCGGAUAUAGCCGCUGUCGGAUCAGAAUCCUCCUCGGGCCUCCACUUCUACGACCUCUCGAGCGGGCGCUAUACGGGUUCAGUUCAUUGGACCGACCAAGCAGACCCGCGGAUAUACAAGGCUCGGGUCAGCGCCAUCGCUAACUCACCGGACUCGCUCUUCGCGUCGUUCGAUUGUCCUCAUAGAGAGAACGGCGUCCUCGUGAUUGACAAAUCAACGCUCCAGGUUUCAUCGGAGCUGGCUCGCCAAUCAGGAACCGCCGCGAAGAACACAGUAGCGGGAAAGCUGACGUGGCUGCCAGCAACUGGUUUGGUUAUCGGCAGUGCUGUCACGUCCGGGGCGUUUGGUUACUCCGGUUACAUCAGGGUGUGGGACCCGAGAAGUAGGCAGGUGGUUUGGGAGACGAACGAGCCAGGUUCAGGCCGCAGCAGCAGGUUCGGAGAUGCAUUUGCUGACGUUGACGUCGACGCUGACGACUUGACUCUCUUCAAGAUAUGCUCAAAAUCGGGGGACUUGGCAAUGGCAGACAUUCGUAGCUUAGGGGAAGAUCCAUGGGUAUAUAUGAAAGACACAAAUCCUAGCCUGAGAGACACCAGCUGUGGCAGAAACAAUGUCAUCUUGCAUUGCUACAGGGGACAGGUUUUCGUAGGGAAGGACGGAGGACUGGAGGUUUGGUCGCGGGAGAAACCAUGUCAGCAAGUAUGUGAAAGUCAAACUCAAAGUUUGACCAGGAAUUACGUGGAUAAAGUGGAGGAUGCAGAGAGAGGAAUGAUAAAGAGAAUUGAAGGGGGUGGGCAGAGAUUGUUUGUAAGCAGAGAAGAUGUGGAGGGGAUUGAGGUUUGGGAGAGUUCCAACUAUUCUGGAGCAGUUUCUGUUUCCUCCUAAUACAGAACGAAAGGCAUUGAAUGAGUAGAUUCUAUUUGGCAAUGGUCUCAGCUGUGCUGUUUCCUCCAAGGCACAGUGAUGGGUCGAUAGUGAACUAAUGGAACUAAACACAGCAAUGAGAUGUUCUUGCUGCUUAUUCUGUGUCGAACGUGAUGGUACACUUAACAAAUGUGUGGAAGCUUAAUCUCACACAUGCUAAUGCCAUUGUCAAUCUUUGGUGGGGUGUAACAGCCAUGCCACCAACAGGAAUGUUGUUCAUUGUAGAAACUCUUACAGGGGUUGGGGAUUUAGUCAGCAUCAUCGCCACCAGUUGCUGCUAAGUUACUGGACCUGCACUUCAUUUAAUCCCAAAUGCAUCUAUAAAGGACAGAAAUUCUUGUUUAGACAGCAUUAGUCUUAAGAGCUGUUGGAAUGUGAAGGUGCCAAACACUCUCAUCCUUUAUUGUUGAGCAAAGGAAACAGAAGAACAGAUGAGUAAAGGAAAGACUGUAGGCAUAACUUUGUGGUCCAUUGCUUGCUAUGAUCAUCGUUCCUAUAGCUGCAGAUAUAGGAAUGGCCAUAGUAAAGCCAUGAUCAAUUGGGUUUGGGAUUCCAGCAAUAGGCAUAAUGAGAGCAACGCUAGUGUUUUUAAGUGGUUGAUGUUGGUACAGCAUUGACCUCCUACUUGGAGAUUUCCAAAUUCCAUGUUAAUCAGUGUUAUUUCCUAAUUCUUCCUAAAAUAGCAUUUUUUUUUCUUUGUGGUCUCCAUUACAAAGUGGACCUUAGUGUGAUUGGGUAGCAGAUUCUGUUUCUUAGUUGUGGCAAAGUAAACAUAUGAUUAAUUACAAGUACUUUUAGACUCUGGGCGUUAUAAUUGUGUUG